AGGUAGGCACCGGCUAAAGGUGGGAGUCUGCGCUCCUGGGGCCUGGCCUCAGCCAUCUUCUCUAGGACCCGGGACAGGUCUCACUGCCCGGGAUUCCAGAGCCCCCCCUGGCUCCCUAGACCUUGAUCUCGGUUGAUCGUCUUCUCAACCUUAGCGUUUUGCCACCACCCAGCGGCCCCCGCGGCAUCUCUAGAUCUUCUCUGCGGCUAAGUUGGCGCUGGGUCUGCUGGGAAGUGUAGUUCCCAGGGCUCCCCAGCACGGGACCUUCUGAAAAACCCAGGCAGCAGCCGGCUGGGGGCUGUAGAGCUGUGGAGACCUUUAACUUUUGAGACUUGAAUGAAGGUGGAGAAUGAAAACCAGGAAGGGCUCCAGGGUUCGGCCCCUCGGCUGCGGACUCCAGUGCCCUGCGUAACAAGAUGCUCAGGCCCCAUCCCUCCAGCCGGCUCAUUCCCUCCAAGCCCCAUCCUCCCAGUGAGGGUGGUGGGGGUCACCUGCUAGGUGUCUGAGCCGCCAAGGUCUGCCCCAGGACUCCAGGCUCCAGCCCCUCCAUCCCAGGGUGCAGGCCCCGCCCCCUCAGUAGCUUAGCCCUAGCUGGGGCUCCCCCCGUGGGAACGGGGACCAGCUGGCCGGAAGCGCCAAACUGCGUCCCUGUCCAAGUGCCAGGGAUCAAUCAGGCCGAGGAGUUAAUUAUGUAAUGAGGGGCAGGGGGUCGAGGCUAAUGAAGCCUGCGGGGGAGGGUGCCCAGGUAUCCGGCCCCUCUUGUACCCCUUCCAGGCCCCAGGGGUCUCCACCCCAGCCCAACUCCAGGGCCCCAAAGAGGGAGGGGCUGUGAUCCUGGGUCUGGAAGGGGCUGAGCUGUGAGCUAUAAAGGGGGCAUCUCCCAGCACCAGGGGACUCUAGGCAGCCAGACCUGAGGCCAGACAGGACUACUCCAUGUAUCACCCAAGAGAGCUGUACCCCUCCCUGGGGGCCGGCUACCGCCUUGGGCCCCCCCAGCCAGUGACCGAUUCCAGCUUCCCGCCUGCCCUGGCAGAGGGUUACCGCUACCCCGAUUUGGACACUCCCAAACUGGAUUGCUUCCUCUCCGGGAUUGAGGCUGCUCCCCGCACCCUGGCGGCUCCCCCACCUCUUCCCCCUCUGCCCCCAGCCCUGGGCACUGAGCCGGCUCCUCCAGCCCCAGAGGCCCUUCACUCACUCCCUGGAGUCAGCCUGAGCCUGGAGAACCAGGAGCUGUGGAAAGAGUUCAAUUCUGUGGGAACAGAGAUGAUCAUCACCAAAGCUGGGAGACGCAUGUUCCCUGCUUGUCGAGUGUCAGUCACUGGCCUGGACCCUGAGGCCCGCUACCUGUUCCUUCUGGAUGUGGUGCCAGUGGACGGAGCUCGCUACCGUUGGCAGGGACGGCGCUGGGAGCCCAGCGGCAAAGCCGAGCCCCGCCUGCCUGACCGUGUCUACAUUCACCCUGACUCCCCUGCUACUGGUGCCCACUGGAUGCGGCAGCCUGUAUCUUUCCAUCGGGUCAAGCUUACCAACAGCACACUGGACCCUCAUGGCCACCUGAUCCUGCACUCCAUGCACAAGUAUCAGCCCCGCGUACACCUAGUGCGGGCCGCACAGCUUUGCAGCCAACACUGGGGGGGCGUUGCCUCCUUUCGCUUCCCUGAGACCAUGUUCAUCUCUGUGACAGCCUACCAGAACCCACGGAUCACACAACUGAAGAUUGCGGCCAACCCCUUUGCCAAAGGUUUCCGGGAGAAUGGCAGAAACUGUAAGAGGGAGCGAGAUGCCCGUGUUAAGAGGAAACUGCGGGGCCCAGAGCCAAUAGCCACAGAGGCCUAUGGGAGUGGAGAUGCACCAGGUGGUCCCUGUGACUCCACCCUGGGUGGGGAUGUUCGCGAGUCAGAUCCAGAACAGGCGCCCGCGCCCAGGGAAGCUGCCCCUGCCCCAGCUCCUCUGUGUGGUGGCUCCAGUGCUGAGGCCUACCUUCUGCACCCUGCAGCUUUCCAUGGGGCUCCCAGUCACCUUCCAACCAGGAACCCCAGCUUCCCUCAGGCUCCAGACUCGGGGCGCCCAGCCCCCUAUUCAGCUGCAUUCCUAGAGCUGCAGUCUGGGCCAGGAAGCUCAGGAUACCCAGCAGCUGCACCCCCAGCACCCUUUGCCUCACAUUUCCUCCAAGGGGGCCCCUUGCCCUUACCUUACCCUGGGGCCUAUCUGGAUAUGGGGUCCAAACCAAUGUACUGAGCCACUGCCAGGCCCCUCUGCCUCCCUCAGUCUUCCAUUACAAAUUCCAGUUCCCUUCCCCCAGGCCGUAGCCCCCUCACUUCCACUGACCCCAUCCCCCACACCAAAUGGCUGCCUUGGGCCUCCUCCACCCCACUUCACACU